AUGACCUUGUAUGAUCCAAAGAAAAGGACAAGAGGGAGGGAAAAAAGUAAAGGUGUUGGGCUUAAAAGGCAGUGGACUAAGCAAGAGGAUGCAAUAUUAAUUGAAUGUCUCAUCAUUUUGAAAGAGAGCCCACAUUGGAAGGCAGACAAUGAGACUUUCAGAGUUGGGUAUCUAGUACAAUUGGAGAAGAUGAUGGGGGAAAGACUUCCAUCUAGUGGAUUGAAAGUUACACCUCACAUUGAAUCUAGAGUUAAAUUAUUGAAAAGACAAUACAAUGCCAUAAAUGAGAUGAUUAAGAAUGGAAGUGGCUUUGGAUGGAAUGAUGAAGAGAAAUGUGUUACCGCUUCAAAAGAUGUGUUUGAUGAUUGGGUUAGGAGUCAUCCUAAUGCAAAGGGUUUAAGGCACAAACCUUUCCCACACUAUGACUCGUUAGUCAUAGUGUUGGGAAAAGAUAGGGCAGCUGGUGCAAGGGCUGAAACAGCAACUGAUGCUGUGGAAGAACUUGAUACUGAGAAUUUGGAUAACAAUGAGGAUAUAAUAGAAGUUGAUAUUGGCCUUGAUAGUGAUUAUAAUGAUCAAGACAAAGAAGAUGCAACUGGAUCAAAAAAGCAAACAGUGAAUGAGGGAAUAAAUCAGAAAACUGCAAAUAGCAAGAAGAGGAAAAGAAAUGAUGAAGGCUUCUCAAGAUUGGUUGAAGAAAUUAGUAAGUUUGGGAAAUCAUAUAAAACUAUCCAACAAGAAAUACAUGAAAUUACCACUUAUUUCAAAAAAGAGGUUGAAGGAAAAAAUAGAAGAAUGAAUUUAUUUAAUGCUUUGUUAGAAUUGGAUGGUUUUAGUAGGCAAGAGUUGCUUAAUGUUGGAGAGCAUAUUAUUAAGAAGGAGCACAAGAUUGAUUUUUUCUUUGAACUGCCUAUGGAUUUCAGGAAGGAUUAUGUCAUUAAGCAACUAGCUGAAUGUAAUGUGUAUUGUCCUUCUUUUGAUCCAUAA